CUUGCAUGCUCGCGAUAGACUCUCGAAACCGAAGAAUCUCCAAUCGUCUCCCCUCGUCCGGUAUCUUUUAAAAGUCGAGAUAUGGCCAACUCUGGCGGAGGAGCAAGUGGGAAGAGUUCAGGAUUCCCUGCCGCUGCCCUGAAUGAAAGGAUUCUCAACUCAAUGACUCGACGGUCUGUGGCUGCUCACCCAUGGCAUGACGUAGAAAUUGGACCAGGUGCUCCAGCAGUUUUUAAUUGUGUUGUUGAGAUCGGCAAAGGUAGCAAGGUGAAGUACGAGCUUGACAAGACCAGUGGUCUUAUAAAGGUUGAUCGUGUUCUCUACUCAUCAGUGGUUUACCCGCACAACUAUGGUUUCAUCCCGCGUACACUUUGUGAAGAUAGUGAUCCCAUGGACGUAUUGAUACUGAUGCAGGAGCCCAUCUUACCUGGUUCAUUCCUCCGUGCUCGGGCUAUAGGAUUAAUGCCAAUGAUUGAUCAGGGUGAGAAGGAUGACAAGAUAAUUGCUGUUUGUGCUGAUGAUCCUGAGUUUCGCCAUUACACGGACAUUAAGCAGCUUCCUCCUCAUCGCCUUGCUGAGAUCCGGCGCUUUUUUGAGGACUACAAGAAGAAUGAGAACAAGGUGGUUAACGUUGAGGACUUUCUGCCAGCUGAGACUGCUAUUGAUGCCAUCAAGUACUCCAUGGACUUGUAUGCAUCUUACAUUGUCGAAAGCUUGAGGCAGUGAGGAAGAUGGGACGAGUGGAUUGAUGUUGUAUCGGAUAGUUAUGGUUGAGGCCAAUAGACUCCUUGCUGCAUGCCCUUCUUGGCGAGUUUUAGCGUUUUGAGUAAAGUUAGUCAACUCUUCUUCUUCUGAACAGUCGUUAGGCUGCAGUUUCAGCCUUUGGUAUCUACUUCCUGUGAACAAAUGUCUGUCUCUGAGUACUGCAAGUAAAGAAUCAUGAGAACGACAAAGUUUUCAUAGGCCCAUGAACGAGUAUGUAUCCAAACCUCCAAGUACAAUAUAGCAUAGUUACGUCAUAUCA